GAAUGCGAGUGACACGUGGCAUCGUAACCUAAUUGGAGCAGAGGCAAAAAAGUUUCCCGCCAUAAUCCCCCUACCUCCACUCUCAGCUCCCGUUUCUAGUUCUAGAAGGGUCGAAGGCAGGGAGAGACUCCGACGGGAAAAAAGAGAGGAAAGGGAGCCGAGUGGUGGUGGGAGCCGAUGGGGAAACGGAGGUAUUGGCUACUGAAGACGGAGCCCAAGGAGUGGUCGUGGGAGGACCAGCGAUCCAACGGCGGCAUGUCGCAGUGGGACGGCGUCAAGAACCGGCAGGCCCUGAAACACAUGAAGGCCAUGAGCAAGGGCGACCGCUGCUUCUUCUACCACUCCGGCCCCUCCGACCGCCGGAUCGUCGGCGUCGUCGAGGUCACGCGCCCCUGGUACGCCAUCGCCGGCGAAGAGGGUGCGGUGGACCUCCGGGAGGUGGGGGAGAUGAGGCGCCCCGUCCAUCUCAAGGACAUCAAGGCGGAGGCGGCGAUGAAGGGCUUCGCCCUCCUGAGGCAGCCCCGCCUCUCCGUCGUCCCCGUUCCGGAGGACAUCUGGGAGCAACUCUGCGAGAUGGGCGGAGGUUUCGCUGACGACGAGGAGGCGACGCCGCCGCCGGCGGAGGAAGAAGAAGAUUGACGGGAGUAUUGGAGUGGUUUCUGGGAAGUUUAUAUUCGGACCUCCUCUUGAGGAGUACUGGACAAAGAAGCAGCAGGUAGAGGCAGCAAAGCAAGGGAAAGCAGAGACCAGUUAGCAGCAACCUGAAGAAGAUUUUGAUGUCCUGUAUUGUAUAGGGGAAGAAAAGGGCUAUGCUGGUAUUUUUGCAUGUUUGAAAUAUCUAAUUUUGCGUGGUACAGAUGAUGGAUGAUGCAGCUAGCGGUUCUUUUUCGUGCAUCAAUAUAUAUUCUGCCACAUAUUUGCCUUGUGCAUAAGAUGAAGCUCUAAUCUAAUUCUCUUUUGUGGGGAUGGUAAUUUCAAGGAGUGGCUUGUUGCUAGCCUGUUAUUUGAGCCUGCCAUGGCAUUGAAUCUAGUUCCGGUCGUUAUAGAAUAUUCAGUGUGAUGCCUAAAAUACUUGAUAUUUUUGGACAACAAAAGGCAAAUUUAUGAGAAGGUUAUCCAGCCUUUUAUAUUAGUUUUCCUUUUUUCUGCCUUGGUUCUAGCUGUCUUCAUGUGCAGCUGAUUGGUGGCUGCUAGAUUGCUCAAAAUCUAGCGGUUUGAUUUAACGGUACGAUAUUCAUUACAGCACUUGCUGCAGGCUCUAACCAAAAUGUUCGGAAAAUUGCAGUAACAUUCCCCCCGAUGUUUGGUCAAAGUUUUUGAAAGAUUUCAAAGUGGUAACGGAUUCAAUGGAAAUAGCAAUACAUCUCAUCCAUUGAGAAUCCACGAGGUCCUCAAAGGCCAUCUUAUUUCACAAGAUAAAAAUCGGAUGGUCUCUCUCUCUCUCUCUCUCUCUUCCCACGCCUCUGCUUCUUAUUUGAUUUAGGGUUUCUGGAAUGCAGGAACAACGGUUAUUGGAAAGGAAUCAUCGGAGAUCACAUGAUAUCUCACAUGUUUCAGAGCAUUUUGGCAUCAGAACUUACACCCUACUAGUAACUAAUGCUAAAGAUAGGUUUGGUCAUUAAAUAAUUUUAUGCUACCCGUGACGGUCAUGGGACACUAUUUUGUUAAUGAAGAUUAAUGGUAGAACCAAUUUAGAAGAUUUUAAAAAUUUGAAAGGUUAGUUAGGUGUUUUUCAAAAUAGAGGGGGUGUAAUGGUGUGUCCCUGUAUUUUUUUUAAAAAAAAAUAGUUUAACGGAAGCUGAGGGGAAAAGGAGUUUUAUUUGGCAUUUAUAGUGCUAAAUUGUUUUACAGAUAUUAACACAUAGGCCCCGUUUGAUUCCAAAUUCGAGGGACAAUUGUUUUGGCUGAUGAAAUUAGGCCAAAUUCCAUAGCAUGAUAGACAUUUAUAAUUAAAAAAUAAAUUACUGACAUUACUGCUGUUAUUUCUCAGAUAAACGCUAGGUUUGACUCGAGAAAUGUUUCAAAGAGCUGCAAUACUGUAGAGCAAUGUAUUAUAUGUAAGGACGUAAAAACCCCUCCAAAGUUAGAUAAAAUUGAAUGAUCCAUUACAGCCACAAGGAAUCAGGUUUUAUUAAAUGUAGUUAUCUCUAUGCCAUCAUAAAAUUUGUAUAUCCAGCUCAGGAAAACAAUAUUCAGCUUCAGAAAAGAUAAAAUAAUGCUUAUACUAAGAGGAACACAAACAUGAAAACAACCAACCAUAAGUUGGGCAAAAUCCAUGUUCUGAAAAUGGAGAAUUUGAAUUGAACUAACUUGUUCUAUUUCAUGAAAUAAAUUCAUAUAAAUACUGGAAUAUUUUGAUUCUCUGAAAUCCUAGCAGUGACAUACCAAUGCACUGCCUUCACAUUUAGACAACUAAUGAAGUGCUGCAUAUCUGAGGAAAUUUAAAUUCAUGAUAUGUAAUGCUUCAACUAUAAUUCACUGUAAGGUAAAACACCAGGUCAAUAACCAGUCAUAAAAGUAUAUACAGUCGUUGGAGUCUUCUCAACUUAAGCCUUCUCUCAUCAAAUUUGUGUUCAGCAAAAAUUAUCAUCCUAAUCUAAAUCAUCUUCCAUAGUUUACCAUGGAUUCAACAUUCAUAAUUUACUACGAAUAUAUUGCAUGACUUAUCAUUUCUGUCACAUUCAUGACUUGGAUGCGUAAUAAUGUCAGGCCAGCAACUUGCAGAAUUGAUAUCUUUAAAAAGGAAAAUUGUUUUGAUAUUUUCCAACCUUUCAAAUUAAGUGCAAGUAUUUGGUGAGGCAUCAUACGCCUCCUGUGACAUACCAACUCUUUUAUAUAUUUUAAAUCGUUGUGACAUAACCACCACAUGCUAUCAAAAAGCACAAUUUUGUCUAGCAUUUGGAACAAUCAGAUGAUCUAAAUGUAGAAUGAAGAACAUAAGAGGAUUAACAUAUUACUUCACCCUAUUUUAGUUUGAGUAAAUGUCACUUCUGAAAGAAUGAUGAUAGCCAAUAAUUCAAAUUCAAACAGAGACAAAAUAGGUACAAUUAACCAGUGAAGCCAUGGCGAUACGUGUACAGUAGAUAGAACUUAAAAAUAUAACUUGAUGGUGCUUCAGUGGCAAGCUAGUGAACACCACUAACCCAAUAUAGGCAACUUUGAUUACAAAGUGCUAAAUACCUUAAGAAACAGUAUAUCAACAGUUACCCUAACAUAUCAUGUCUGUUGCUAGAAAAGCGUUUAAAUCAUGUCAUACUUAACAUAGACAUGUAUAUUAUGGAAGAGACACAUUGAAGCUUCAAAGGUACUGCAAAACGUGAUAGCUAGCAAGCAUACUGGACAUUUGUAUAGAUCAUCGCUCUAGUGACUGGCAUAUACUUGCAGUAUCACUAUGUCUACAAACAUAUUUUUCAUAACAGAGCGCUAAUAUUGGUUACCUGUUCACCAGGACAUAAAUUUAAAAGUUACUUACUAUAAUAAGGUACAGGUGCAGUAAUGGGUAAGGAAGCACCCAAAAAUUAAAAAGAAAAAACAAAAUGACAAUAAAGUAGGUGUGAGACUGUGAGAUUGAGAAAAGAAUUUAAAGAAGCACCUAGAAAGUGGGUCUGGGAAAAACAAUCUACACUCUGCAGAUAUUCUGCAACAAUAGUUGCAUCUGAGGUAGAACAUUCGGACUACAAAGAUGUAAUGUAUAAUCAUUGUAAUCUUUUCUCCAUCACUUAAUAAGUCUUACAUUAAAGAAAAGAAAAAAAAAAUAUUUACAAUAUUGAUGAAUCAGACUUGUUUCAUUAACUCCUAAAGGCUAUUAUAUUCAUCAUCCCCUGUCUCGGCCUUCAUCAGAAGUGCACUGACUGAGAUAUAAUGUAAUCUUGAGAUCUGGAGAAAAAAACAUAACAGCAAAAUUCUCUGCGGACAUUUUUAUGAUAGACUUGUCCUUUCCAUCCAAACCAAAGGGAGCCCCUCAGGCUAUCUAUAGGCCGCUGCAGGCGGAUGUGGAAAGAUGAGCAAAAUGCAGUGUCUUGGAACGAGUUUUACAGGUUAAUAUUGGCAGGGGUUUAGGGUUUAUUGACUAAAAUGUUGAAACAUGGCUCCUGUGCUUUAGAAAUUGUAGAUCAUACAGUCCUUGGACUCUUCAUGGCUUUGUUGGGGUAAAAGCUAGUGACUGACAGACUGAUCCCUUUAGAUGACCUUCUAAUAUGUCAUGAUGUAGGAGAAACAAAAUGUGGCUAGGCUGACAAACAAGGUUACAUUUAAUAGGACUUAUAACCAGGUAUGGAUUUGAUUAGCACCUCAAUCAAGUUUUCACAAUUCAUGGGACGGCUUGAUUCAAGAUGAAGAGAGAAUAUUUAAGUGACCUGUUCUCUAGAUGACUGCUGGAUUUAGCCUAGCCCUAAUCUCCAUCUAAUAUGGUCUGCCAACUCUAAAGAUAAAUAAAAGAGC